AUGUCUAACACGGCAACUAGUCCAUUCCGACGACGUCCGGAUCCACCCUCGCCGCGCACACCUGCCGGCCUUGCAGGCGCUAGUGCUCAGGAUGCAGUCACGUCAGGCAGUGCAUCACAUCAGACAGUUGUCCCUCCCAGUUCUGAACCCAAUCGCUGGGAAUUUCGUUGGACAGAUGCAGAUGUUCAGCGGCUCGUCGAAGUUCUUCACCAAGACAAGCCGCUGCAAGGCAACCUGGUGCAUGGCGAUCGACCUUUCGUGCACGGCACCCAAGGCGCCACUUAUACGGAUCUUUAUCGAAAGGUUUUCCCGAACGAGAACGCCCCAAAUGGACAACAGCGAGUCCGAAACAAGCUCUCAUCGAUCCAGGACAGGUACCGGAACGAAAUCAAGUAUCUUUCCGCCUCUGCAUCCAUGCUAUUCAGGGACAUGACGCCAGAUCACCAGGACUGGCGACAACGUCGAAGGAUCGCUAAGCUGCAUCCAUGGUUCGAACGAUAUCACGAACUUAUUCUGAGUCGCUCAAGUUCGGUGCCUGCAGACUCGCAGGGUGUGCCUUCAGCGUCCGCUCACACAUCCACCCCGCUGGUAGGCACUCGCGUCAACGUCAACGAUUCUGCUCGGAACAACACGGAUCGCCAAGACCAUCGCAUGAGUCGUCGCGACAAUGCGUCGUCUGACGAAAGACGGGACAGGGUCACAGCGCUCCAUCACAGAUUGCGUGAUCGCCACGGGUGGCGCGGCCAUCGUGAGGAGCCUUACACCGCUUCGUACUUUGAUCAAGCCAGCAACUCUCGUGACAGUGACGCCGUGGCUAGCGCACGCGAUCGAGCAGAUCGCACAAGAUCGUACUUGAAUGACGUUCGAAGAAGUCUCUCACCUCGCCGGAGCGACAUACCUGUCCCUCGUAUUGGUUCCUCGACUCAACAACCCACAAGAACCUCUCAGCAGCAUGCAGCAAGCGUCUCGGCUAGCGCUGCGACACAGACAAAAACGCCGACAGCUGGCCACGCCACGGCAAACGCCUCGUCACAAACCGACGAAGACCCGGAAGAACGACGCCUUCGAUUGCAGCUCAUGAUCGAAGAGGAGAGCACCAAGCGCGAGCAGCUGCGCAUCCAAUUUGAGCGCGAAAAGCUCGAGCGAGAGCGGCAGGAGCGGCAGGAGGAAAUCCGCAGGGUGGCAGAGCGGGAGGAGCGCGCCAGAAAGGAGCGAGAAGAGGAGAUCGUCAGGCAGGCGCAGCGCGAGGAGCUCGGAAGGAGGGAUCGAGAGGCAGAAAGAGAGAUGUGGCGAUCAAGUUUGGAGGCGAACAGAUUAAAGGACCUUCAGGCGAUCACGAUGGGCUGCCAGACGAUCAGUCAAAUGGUGCUAGGAACGACGUCAGGAAUUGAUGUUGGCGCUUUGCUCGCUGAUCUCUCGAGGCGUAAGGAAACAAACGGCGGCAGCUCAGGCUCUGGAGUUGACGAGCCAUCUGCGACUUAG